GAAGGUUUGGAUAUGUCGCUUUAAGUCUUUUAUUGGUAAAAGGUUAUGAAAUAUGGAGUGAAUUCUUCGGUAAUUGCUUACUUAAUAUAGAAACUAUGGGGUCUCAAGUUGUUGGCGAUAACAAUGAAAACCAUUCGGAAUUCCAGCCUUUGGCACGGCAAAACUCAAUGUACAAUCUUACCCUUGAUGAAGUUGAGAGUCAAUUAGGUGACUUGGGAAAGCCGCUAAGUAGUAUGAACCUUGACGAGCUUCUAAAAAGUGUAUGGACUGUUGAGACAAACCAAUCCAUUUGUAUGGAAAAUGAGAACGUAGCUCAAAACGAACAAGUUGUUUUCCAACAUCAGCCUAAUCUAUCGUUAAACAGUGCAUUAAGCAAGAAGACAGUUGAUGAGGUUUGGAGAGAUAUCCAGCAAAACAAAGGUGAAAGGGAGAUGAAUUCUCAAGAGAGACAAUCUACUUUGGGAGAGAUGACAUUAGAGGAUUUUUUGGUGGAAGCAGGCGUCGUUUCGGUUGCAUCUUCUAAUAGAAGGAAUACUAAUGAUCUUAAAGUUGGCGUUGUUGAUUCAAAUGUACCGCUACUGCAGUUUGCGCCGCAUGGUCCAUGGAUACAAUAUGCACAGCCACAUUUUCAGCAUCCACAACAAAGUGUGGUGGCGGCUUAUGUUCCGGGCCAAAUCAUAGCACAGCCGUUGCACAUGGCAGCCGGUGCUCCAUUGGAUGUUGUUCAAUAUGCAGAUGGUCAGGUGGCGAUGGCUGCACCCAUGAUGGGAAACUUAUCUGAUGAAAAGAAAUCUGCUAGAAAACGGGGACCAGAUGACAUGGUAGAGAGGACUGUCGAGAAAAAGCAGAAGAGGAUGAUCAAGAACCGGGAAUCUGCUGCGCGCUCAAGAGCAAGAAAACAGGCAUACACAACUGAAUUGGAGGUCAAAGUCUCGCGUCUGGAAGAGGAAAAUGAAAAGCUGAGGAAGGAGAAGGAGCUUGUGAACAUGUUAGCCAAUGCUCCACCGCCCGAGCCUAAGUGUCAGCUUCGCCGCGUAUCAUCGGCUACAUUCUGAUGACUGUACCUAUAUGUAGAGGAUUGUAGAUAUGAGCAUCAUCAAGGGAUAUGGUCAAUCUGGUUUGUUGUGAGCUGAAAAAC